CUGAAGCUCAAAAUGUUAUCUCAAACGUGGUUGCCAGUGAGUAUAUAUAUAUAUUGAAAUUGGUCAGCAAUUAUUUCUCAGUUAGCUUUUUUCGUUCAUGUGAGAACUAGUGAAAAUGGAAGUUCUGGCGGUUAUUUUGUUGCUAGUGAUAUUGCUUACUCCGGUUACUUAUUUAUUUUUCAAACGAAAAUACUCGUAUUGGAGGGACCGCGGAGUGCCGUGUCCAGAACCAAAAAUACCUUAUGGAAGUUUACAGAUUUCCGGUGGUUUGCAGGACACCAUCGACAAGCUCUAUAAAUCAAAAACUAACUUCCCGUUUGUUGGUGGCUACAUGUUUACGACUCCAGCGGCUGUGGCCACUGACCUAGACUUCAUCAAGGAUGUGCUAAUUCGUGAUUUCAACUAUUUCACUGAUCAUGGGAUCCCCCACAAUGAAGAAAUCGAUUCACUCUCCGCAAACUUAUUCGUUCUGGACGGUCAAAAGUGGCGCACACUACGCACGAAAUUGUCUCCAACGUUUACUUCUGGACGGAUGAAGUUUAUGUUCCCCACAGUGGUUGAAGUUGCGGAUCGGUUUAUUGAAACUCUAAGUGAGCUUCUGAAGACUCAAAAAACUCUGGAAGUAAAAGAUCUUUUGGCACGUUUCACAACCGAUGUCAUCGGCACCUGCGCCUUUGGAAUUGAAUGCAAUAGCUUGAAGGAUCCCGAUACAGAAUUUCGUAGAUUCGGACGUAAACAUAUCGAAGAACCACCUCACGGGCCAUUCGUCUUUGGUUUGAUGAACAUGCUUCCAACCAUCAGCGAUAUGCUGGGCUUAGUGCGAACACGUCGCGAUGUUACCAAAUUUUUCAUGGAUAUUGUUCGAGAAACGGUGGACUAUCGUGAAAAAAACAAUAUUCGCCGAAAUGACUUUAUGGAUCUUUUGAUUCAACUGAAAAAUCAUGCUAAAAUCGAAGGAGAAGAUCAUGAGACUGUUGAUUCGAAAAUAAUUAAAAAUCUAACUUUUAACGAACUGGCCUCCCAAGCCUUUAUAUUUUACAUUGGUGGAUUCGAGACUUCGUCGUCAACCUUGACAUUGACUCUCUAUGAGCUAGCCAAGCACCAGGACAUACAGGACAAAUGCAGAGCAGAGGUCAACCUCGUACUGGAGAAAUAUAAUGGAAAAUUAAGUUAUGAAGCGAUGAAUGAAAUGCACUAUGUGGAACAAACUGUUUUGGAAACUCUUCGCAAAUAUCCAAUUCUGCCAGUACUUCUACGAAAAUGCAUUAAAGACUAUCAAGUACGCGGCACGAACGUUAUUAUUGAAAAAGGAACACCAGUUCACAUUCCAACUUAUGCAAUUCAUCACGAUCCAGAAAUUUAUCCUGAUCCCGAAAAAUUCGACCCCGAUCGAUUUUCACCCGAAAAUGUUAAAUUGCGACAUUCUGUGGCAUUUCUGAGUUUUGGUGAUGGACCAAGAAAUUGUAUUGGACUCCGUUUUGGAAAAAUGCAAUCCCGAAUUGCACUUAUAAUGUUGUUGAAGAACUAUCGAUUUAAACUAUCAUCGAAAUCACCUAAUCCACUAGCUUUUUCCAAAAAAAGUUUCAUACUUGCACCAGAAGGCGGGAUGCAUUUAGAUAUUGAAAAAUUAUGAAAUAUCGCAGUUCGUAUACUAGACUCCCCGUAUUAUAAAACGACUAUAUUGUUUUUUGCGCCGAAAUAGUAGUUUCAUCUGCCAAAUUACCAUAUCCGUUAAAAAACCAAUUCGCGAGGCUCAUUUGUUGAUUGUAAAGGUUUAAAAAUUGGAUUCUCACAAGGUGGAAAAGGAAAAGCGCUGACGUCAUCGAUGGAGCAAUUUAAAUCUUAUCUACGUGAAGGCAUCCGGUUUAGUGUUACUUUUCAAGUAAUCAACCAGUUUUUAGCAAGAAAGUCAAAAAAUUGAUGCGUGAAGGACAGUCCCUCAAGUUACUUUACGUUUCGGCAAUAAUAGUAACAAACGACAAUAAAACGUAUGUUUUUCAAAGAUUCACAUGUUGAAAAAAAAUGGAUUUGCAUUGAUUCAAACCUGGAGCACGUUGAAUAUUCGACGGUAUCUCUUCUCUUGUGACUUAUAUAAAUUUGAUUAAUAGUGACACAAAAUUCUAACGCAAUUGUAUAUUAUCAGUUAAGUUUGAAGUUAAGGUUUAAAGAAUAUUAACUUACACUGAAAUGAUCCUCCCAAUUUAAACCUGACUCCAAAGAACCUGGAUUCCGUAGGACGAUGGCUAUCCGAAAAUCUCCAGCUUUCUGCGGAGUUAUUUGUGCAGCAAGGCACGAGACAAUAUUUCAUCGCCCUCCUUGACAUUUGGGGAAAUUAAUUUUGACAGUUUUAUAUUUUUAUGAGUAACUGCCAGUUACCGGUCUACUGACGUCUCUUGC